GCGAUGAGUCACCUAAGUCAACGUUAAAUACGCUAAUAAUUCUGACUUUCCAUGCCAAGGUUUCCCAUUUAUAUUCAUACCUACUCUUGUCAUUCAUUUAUAAUAGACAUGAAUACGACAUCAUUUUAGGUUAAGUUAUAAUUUAUGUAACGUUGAACGUGGAGAUUCUAUGCUACAUAAAUUAUGGACUUCCUCAGAACAAAUAAAAAAUAUGUGCCAAAACCGCAACAACUUCAGGACACGGUACAUAAAUAAAUACAUAUCUCGGUUAUUUACUUACUAAGCAUAUCAGCAAAAUGACGAUAACGGAGUAAUCCAGCUUCCUUGAUAACCCUUCUGGACCAUUGAUUUUAUUCAGUCAUCUGGUUACAUUAUGUGUUUACGAGUCUACAAUUUUAUAAUUUUCGAAUAUGGUUCGAAUUUGUAGGAGAUUAACAAGACCAUUGUCCGUCCUUAUUAUAGCAUCAAUUGUGAUCGCACUCUAUUCGCAAAUUCCAAAAGUAAAAAUAGAAGUUUCGACUAAAUUGCCCUCACGUGAUUACUUCUCGGCCUGGAAAACCAUUGCAAGUCGUAAGCACAACUUGACAUUGGAUGAUGUAAAAAUUCAGCCCGUAAUUCAAAAAAUUGCUAAAAAUACGCAUUCCACAAAAACGCGACCACCACUUAUUCUAAUCUGGACCAAGUAUUUUGGUGGAGAACCAUUAACAAACUUGGAAGGAUUUUCCAAUCGCAUUUCUAGUUGCGAAUAUCUUUGCGAAUAUACUGGAAACAGAGAUGAACACUUUCAAUCCGCGGAAGCUGUCCUAUUUCAUAGCGGAUCUAUGGACAAAAAUGAUACCACAAUUCUUAUCAGUCUGACCCGGCCUCAGGGCCAGGUGUGGAUUUACAACAAUCAAGAAUCUCCCGCAAAUAUGGAAACCUUCACGAAAUUAGAAAUCCUUCCCCAUUUCCGGAACUUGUUCAACUGGACGAUGACGAUGCGCAAAGAUUCCGAUAUUUAUCAUCCAUAUGGAAAAAUUGUGAAAACAGAACCCAUGGCAACUUCAAUUUGGAAUGAAAAUCUUGCCAAAAGACGUGACAUCAUAAGGAACAAGUCCAAGUUCGCGGUAUGGGUGACUUCCCACUGUAUAACUAACAGCCGCCGAGAAAAGCUCGUUAGAGAACUGGCUCGUUAUAUUCCCAUCGAUAUCGUUGGCGCCUGUGGAACCUGGAUGCGAAACUAUUGCAUUAGAAAAGGAACAGAUUAUGACACAUGUUUCACCAAGUUUGCCGCAAACUACAAGUUUUAUCUGAGUUUCGAAAAUUCACUUUGUCAAGAUUAUGUCACAGAAAAGUUUUACAAUGCGGUGAAGCAUGACAUUGUUCCGGUAGUUUAUUCGGGCGGGGAUAUGAAAUCAUUGGCGCCAAGGGGAUCAUAUAUUGAUGUCCGUGACUUUAACGGGUCCCGCCAUCUUGCCGAGUAUUUAAUCGAGUUGGACAAGAAGGAGGAAGAAUAUGAAAAAUAUUUUGAAUUCAAGAGAAAUCACGAGAUAAUCGAUAAGGAUGAAGAAUCUUGGUGUCGUCUUUGUGAGAAAGUGUGGCUUCAAAGGGGUCAAAGUGUGGUGCAGUGGUAUCCUGAUAUGGCUCAGUGGUAUGAAAAUGAGUUUGAAAAUGGGGAAAGAACUGGUGCUAAGAGUUGUGUGGAUAAGAGCGAAAUUGUUUUUAAGACUGCUAUGGAACUAGCGUGGGAAAGGUUUUGGGACUCGAUUGGUUUAUAAGUAGUUUAUGGAAAUUCGUUUAAUGAGAAAAUUCAUUCACAUGGACAUAGGUGGCCGAGUUAGCGUCUAACUCGCAAUGUCAGUUAAUUAAUCAAAAUGUGUUAAAAACUGUACAAAUUGUUACAAACUCGUUUUGUUGAUUAUUAGCUCACCCUGCGUAGCAUGAGAGCUAUUGAAUUCCUCUUGUCCGUCCGUCUGUCUGUCUGUCCGUCUGUUAACGAGUUUUUUGCAUCAAUUGAUGCUAUUUAAAA